UCUUUUCGGGUCUACCACCACAGCCGGUCUACCACCACCUCCUUUGCCCUCGAAGAAGCAGUUGCCCUCGACGUCGUUCUAGUAAAAGGAAAGCCAAAACCCUAAUCUGCUUAGUGAACGUCUCCUUCCUCUUCCUCUCGUCACGCUCUCACUGUCGCUUUCGCACUCAAGCUCUCUCGUCUCCGGUCUCGCGCUCAAGCUCGUCGUCGCUCUCUGUCUCGUCACCGUCUCGCAGUCAGCGCGCGACUUCCCUGCUCUCGUCGUCGCCGGAGGCAGAAGCAACAGGUCCCGGGGCACUCAAUCGCGUGCGUCGCCGUCGGCAGAAGCAGCAGGUCCCGGUGCACUAAGUCGCGUGCUUCGCCGGUGGAAGAAGCAGCACGUUCCGGGGCUGAUCGUCGUUGUAGUCUUCUUGCUUCGAGGCUCGCGGUCAGCUUCAGCAGGUGGUCCCCGAUUUGAGCAGGAAAGGUAAGAGCUUGUUAUUUGGGUGGUUUUGGUGUAUGCCAUGGAUUUUGAAUCCAAGUAUGAUGUUGCUGCCACUGCCAACUUCAUUCACAUUCACAAUUUCACUAGAGUUGCUUUACAAUUUCCUGAUCAUCUCCUAAAAGAUUCAACAAAAGUGGUCGCGGCUCUACGCAAGAGACUACAAUCGUUGACCCAACCUAGUGUCACAGGAAAUUGGGAUGAGACAAACAUUGGACUGUUUGUGAUGGCAGAUACCACCUAUGGCAGCUGUUGUGUUGAUGAAGUUGGAGCAUCACACAUCAAUGCUGAUGUUGUCAUACAUUAUGGACAUACAUGUUUUAGUCCGACAACAACUUUACCGGCAUAUUUUGUUUAUGGAAAGGCUUCCAUUUCCACAGCUGAUUGUGCUGAAAGUAUUUCAAAAUAUGCUAUGACCAAUAGCAAGCCUGUCUUGGUUCUAUAUGGGCUGGAAUAUGCACAUUCAAUACAACAGAUAAGACAGUCACUGCAAGAAUCAUCAAUUUUAAAAGUUCACUUUGCAGAUGUUCCAUCUUCUUUUAUGCUUCCAUCAAAAGAUAUUACAAAAAUAAAUGGGGCACCAGCUAGUGAUUGUAGUAAUACCUCUGCAAUCAAUGGGGCUAGUGAGACUACAUAUAGCAUGGGAGGAUUGAUUUGGAAACUACCUGAUGGACAAAGCAUAGAUGACUACUUGCUCUUUUGGAUUGGAAUUGAUAAUUCGUUUCAUGAUAUUGUUUUAGUCAGAUAUGAUGCAACAGAAAACCAAGUGAUGACAGACUUGUCACAACAAAGGAGGAUUCUUAAGCGUAGAUACUACCUGGUUGAGAGGUCUAAGGAUGCUAAUAUUGUUGGGAUUUUGGUUGGAACUCUUGCUGUUGCUGGCUAUCUACACAUAAUAAAUCAGAUGAUGGAGCUCAUUACUGGGGCAGGAAAAAGGGCCUAUACUUUGGUUAUGGGAAGACCAAACCCCGCCAAACUAGCCAACUUUCCUGAGUGUGAUGUUUUCGUAUACGUCUCUUGUGCUCAAACGGCUCUGCUGGAUAGCAAAGAGUAUCUAGCACCAGUUAUUACUCCAUUCGAAGCAAUGAUAGCUUUCAGCAGGGGAAGUCAGUGGACAGGAGCUUAUGUGAUGGAAUUUGGCAAUCUGAUUAAUUUGCCUCACGUAGAAGUCCAAAACCAAGAGAAAGAAGAAGAAGCACGAUUUUCAUUCUUUCAGGGUGGCUACGUGGAAGAUUUGGAUAAUCAAGAACAUGUUGAGGAAGAAAGAGAAAGAGAGGCUCUUGCUUUAGUUAAUUCGACUGAGAAGGCGCUGCAAUUGCGUGAUAAUUGUAAUUCUCUAGUCCAUAGUGGUGCUAGAUCAGGGGCAGAGUUUUUAGCAAAGCGAUCAUAUCAGGGUUUGAAUAUGCCCAAUGAGAACACCUCCCCAGAAGCAUUUGUAAUAGGACGAAGGGGAAGGGCAUCUGUGUACGAGGAUGAGAAGAACAAACGUGAACUUCCGUGACAUUCAAAAUUUUGUUACAACCUGCUAAUAGUGAAUGUAAAGGCACAAAUAUGGUAGGAAUGGCAAAGGGGAUUUUGUCAUAUGCAUUAGACAGGGUAGAGAGUCACCUAAACUCCUGUAGCUUGGGAAAAGUUGAAUUGUAAAACUCAACCCUGUAGACACAAACAAUUGUAACAACUUGUGAAUUAACUUACAGUUUGAUCAUUUUGAAUUGAUUCAUGCUGAA